AUGGCAAAUGAACCGGUGAUCUUGAAUGUUUAUGACAUGUACUGGAUAAAUGAAUACACCUCCACAUUGGGUAUUGGAGUCUUCCAUUCUGGAAUUGAGAUCUACGGUAGAGAGUUUGCCUAUGGAGGACAUCCCUAUCCUUUCAGUGGGAUUUUUGAGAUCACACCAGGCAGUGCGGUGGAGCUUGGAGAGACCUUUAAAUUCAAAGAAUCCAUUGCCUUGGGGACCACAGACUUCACUGAAGAGGAUGUGGAUAAAAUCAUGGAGGAACUGGGCAAAGAGUACAAGGGCAAUGCUUACCAUCUCAUGCACAAGAACUGCAAUCACUUCUCAGCUGCUCUGGCAGAGAUCCUGUGUGGGAGGGAAAUCCCACGAUGGGUGAACCGCCUGGCCUACUUCAGCUCCUGCAUUCCUUUCCUGCAAAGCUGCCUCCCCAAGGAAUGGCUGACCCCGGCCGCUCUGCAGACUCAUAUCAACCUUGGCCUUCAUAAGGAAGAGCAGGGAGACACGACGGAUGAGGAAUCGCCAUCGACUUCGGCAGCUGCUUCAGCCCCAGGCCCUUCGCGAACCUGCCGGCACACGAGGGUCUGAACUCUGGCUGUGGAAGCGGCCCUCAAAUCUUUCCCCUUACCCCACUGGCUGCUCCUCCAUCUUUUCCUACAGCUGCUCGAUCUUUAUCCCACGAAGCCAUGGCGCAUCCUUGCCAGGGCGAGACGAAACCCUUGCUCUUUUUCAAAGGGCUGCUGUUACUUAAAGCAACGUUUAGAAUCGUAUCAAUAAGUGUCUUGAGAUUGAACCUGUGGAGCUGACAUUCUUCGUAUUGUGAAAGUGAAGGAAAAAGUACUAUGAUCUCUGGAAUGUGACACAGCAGCCCUGAAAGGAA